CAUGUUCUUUGUAUGUAUAAUAUUAUGCAGUUCUUCUGGCAAAAAAAAGAGGCAAAAGAGCCGUACAGUGAAACUAGAUGCAACUCAUGACACACGGUUCUUCAAGUUCGCUCUCCCUCUCUCUAGUGUGGUGUUUGUCGACAAAUGGGCGGGGUUUGAGCAAUGCUGGGACGCUAUCAAACAACCGAACACCGUGAUAGGGAUUGAUGCUGAGUGGAAACUGCCGUACUGUAACAGAGGGGUUGAGAGACUGGCUGUCCUCCAGCUGGCUGUGGAGGAGGCGGUGUACCUGCUGGACAUGGUUCACCUACCGAGGGCCGUUGGAGUGGACGCACUCACUCAGUUUAUCAGCUGUCUAUUCCACUCAGAGCAGACACUCAAACUAGGUUAUGGUAUCCGUGGUGACCUUCACAUGCUGUCCAAGUCUUGGCCAUUCACCAGAGCUAUAGUGAGCUCACCCGUCAGAGUACUGGACCUGCAACAGAUGGAAAAAAUGGUUGAGGAACUGAAGAAGCCUUCUCCCACUCCCUCUCCUUGUACUCACCCUCACCUCAAGACCACACCCACCACACAGUCGCAGCUCCCCUUACAUCCGCUACUGGCUCAGAACCGUCUCACCAAGACCAUCUCCCCACCAAAGGGGGUGUGGUCACGAGACGAGGGGUCAGAGAGGACAGGAGGUCUAGCUCUACUUGUGGAGAAGUGUGUAGGGAAACCAUUGGACAAGUCUCAGCAACUAUCUGACUGGGAGAAACGACCCUUGACCCCUGAGCAGAUAACUUAUGCAGCAUUGGAUGCUCAUUGUCUACUCAGCGUGUACAGAUAUCUGAUGGCCGAAGCUAUGACCUAUGACCUCUCGUUCAACAUACAACCCGCCCUUGUUACAUGA